UCAGUGUGCCAAGUGCUUUGUCGACCCCGGCCGGACCCCAGGAUCGCGGGGAACCUGAAGGCAGUCGCGGAGAAGACGUCUCCUGUGUGUAAGUGGAGAAGGGAGCUGCCGCUGCUGGACGACUCCUGCGGACACGGGUGGUCGAAUCACCGCGCCAAAACGCCACACCGAAUAGCACACAUUCACAUGGUGCAGACGGGGAUGGCUGCGCCCUACGGUGCGGGUGUCUUCCCGCCGCCGGUGAACGGGGUCGCGGGCGUUGUGGGGGCGGCAGGAGCGGCCGGUGACGUGAAGCCACCGCCGCCGGUGCAGGUGAAGGAGGAAAGCGCCGGUGCACCCCAACAGCCACCACCUAGCGGACCUCAAGUUCCACCCACGGCGGGCGCACCGCAUCCCUCCGCCUCUGGCGCGCCGACCGCGGCCAGCUUCAGUCCGCCGCCACCUCCGAACGGAGUCGAUCAACAGGCCAUUUCGGAAGUGUUCCAGGCUGCGGUGGCGGCUGCGGCAGCGGCGCACGCAAAUGGCGGCGGCCAGCAACCGACGCCAGCGACGGGCGCCGGCAACGAGGCGAGCCCUGAAGGCGGCGUGGAGUCUACCGCGUUGGUACCUGUCACCUCAGGUGCGACGACACCGGCAACAGCAACACAGGGCACCGACCUCAAAGGCCAACCAAAGCGCCUUCAUGUCAGCAACAUACCCUUCCGCUUCCGAGACCCUGACCUCAGGGCAAUGUUUGGGCAAUUCGGGCCGAUCCUGGACGUAGAAAUCAUUUUUAACGAAAGAGGCAGCAAGGGAUUCGGUUUUGUAACAUUCGCAAAUAGUGCUGAUGCGGACCGGGCACGUGAGCGGCUACACGGCACCGUGGUUGAGGGACGGAAAAUUGAGGUGAACAACGCAACAGCGAGGGUACAGACGAAAAAGCCGCCGACGGUGCCGAACGUUUGCGUGCAGUGGCCAGAGGCCGCGGCCCUACGAGGAGUCGCCAUUCAACGUAGAGUCGGAGCAACGAGGGCAGCCUUCCCUGGAACGGGUGCAGCCGCAUUAGCUCUGGCCAGGAACCCGGGGCCGCUGGCAGCUGCAGCUGCAGCCACUGCCCUGCACCCCUUCGCACCCGCUGUCUACUAUGAUCCCUUCCUCGCAGCGCACGCAGCUACGCAGGACUCCAACUACAGGUUACAGCUGGAAUGGCCUCAAGCAACAGCUGACGCCGCGGCAGCAGCAGCCGCAGCGUCACCAUUGCUGAAGACACCCCUGUCGACGACACAGCAGGCCAGCUACGCAGCUGCAGCGACCUACACGGCGGUGGCUGCGCGCGCAUACGGCGCAGCUGCAGCUGCGGCACAACCGGUCGCAGGAUAUGCCGCAGUAGCGGGUUAUGGUCGCGAGUACGCCGAUCCCUACCUCGGCCAUGGCAUUGGACCUGUUACGGGUUAUGGGGCGACUGUCUAUAGGGGUGGAUACAGCAGGUUCACACCAUAUUAAGACGGAUCGUUGACAGCGAAGCGCAGCGAGCCUUCCACAAAAUACACCGCAUUAUACUCAGCAGACAACAUGACCAGAUAAGAAGUCGACACAAUCAUCACCGUCAUUUUGCCAUCAUCGAGAUCACCCCACGAGGCGACGCGUCUGAACUCUCCGUCGGAGCGGAGAAGAAAUUCGGCGGCCCCGUCUGCGACACUCAUGAGGAUUGUUCCGAGGAGUACUUUCGCGACAGGGAGCCGAGGAUACCACGACCUUGGUGGCGCAUCGUGCCACCGAUCAAUGAGAUAAUCUCGUCCGAUCGCAAGCGAAGUCGUCGUUUUAUAAACGUCGGAAUAAGCGUCUGCGGGACGCCGUCAACUGUAGAAAUUCGAUCUGUAUUUGCGAAACAGCUGCGAUGCAACGGCGACGAAGGAAGAAGGAUGAUGCCUCCUUGUCGUCUGCUCGCGAACACGGCGGUUCGGCGUUCGGCGAACACGGCGGUUGAGUCGAGGCCGACGCAUCGAGUUGUGUCGAGUCGUUCGACGGCGAGUCGCUCUGAUCGUUUUCCUGCCGACAGCAAACUGCAGCGGCAGCAGCCAUUCGCUCGCUCGGAAACGCGGGAGAAAAGGAGACCGUUCUCCGCCCGGGCCCCCGUUUCCGUCUCCGUCUCAAUGAAUAAUUAGCCUCGAUGAUAUCGACGUUUGACGGUUUCAAAACUAUAAUAGAGCUCGUCGCGAUUCCCUUCAACACAACUGCACUUUCGUUGGUCGAGGCCGGUCUUUCCGACACGGCCAACGUGUCAAUCAUUUGUAGUCGCUGUCGUGCAUUUUUCAGGGGACAUAUCCAGUGCGAUUUUAAACAUUUUAAUAAUGACCGUGCGAGGAACGCUCGAAGUUUCGCGAUCGCCCGCAACGGAAUAUACGUAUAAAGACAGAAGAAGUACAGAAGAAUACGAUAUAGCUAUGUGACCCUCUUGUUUAUAUAGUUGCUCCACAAAAAGAUACAUUAGUGUUGUCAUACGUUGUCUCCGAUAGGACGUGCAUGCGACCCGUGCACGUGUUCCCUCUCAGCAGCAACCCACCAAUGGUGUCGGGCGCGAAACGUAUUUCGCGAGUACACGUCGGCGGUGUGCGUUCGUGCGCGCGUAUUUACCAAGUGUGCGUGCACGCACCUUAUACUAAUACGAAAAGAUGUGCUUCCGCGGCGGACGUGUCAAGCGUGUGUCAUCGCGCAUGUGUAUGUGUGCGCGCGUGUUGACAUACAAUUGCGCAACUUUCAGUCGAGUUGUAAUUUCGCGUCUGGCGUGCGCGAGAUUACGAGCGCACACACUUGGCGAGAUCCUCGCCCGUUCGUUCGCGACAAUGCCGUUUCCGCCCGUCGCCCGUCUUACUCAGCCAAUUGUAACAUAGCUAUGCAUUUAUUGUAAUUAUUCUUGUUUAGUCAGGUUAAUAAUCGUGUGAUUUGUACUCGUAGUUUAAAUUAGCGGAUAACAACAUCGACUCGGUGCUCGGCGAGUCGUCGUGCGCACGACAGGUGCACAAAAUAUUUGGCAUAACUAUUAUCUUAGUAGAGCGCGCAGAACUAUACCACUCGGCGAUUUUAUUCGCGCGUGAGAGAAACUUUCCCGCACAACCACCGUGUAGAUAAUAAAUUCGGCGAAUACCGUUCGAAUAUGCGCGUACAUAAAGAAACAAUGCCAAUAGUUAACGAUCAAUUACGUCGAGACGAGAUUGAUAGGAGCGAACUUUGCAGUGAUAAAGAGACAAAGGGGGAGAAAGAGAGAGAGAGAGAGAGAGAGGAAGAAGGAAAUUAAUUGCGAACGAACGGAACAUUAACGCGACGCGAAGCACGGGAAACACAGCGUAGUGUGUUAUACAUACAUUACGACGUGACGGAACGUACGCGCGUAAAUGGCUGCCGCCUGCGGAACGAACACACUGCUCUGCUUCUUCAUGGCAGCGAAACGUCGGCAAAAGAGAGCGCACAUACGUUGUCGACACGAGCCGACACGCGAUGGUGGUCCGGUUUAUUAUAUUACGAAGCGAGACCUCUCUCUAAGUAGCUAGGUAGCUAAAAAGAAGAUGAAGAAAAAAAAAAUUGCGUGAAAAGCGAUGUGUAGCUAAUACAGAAGCAGCGAAAAAAACGUGUGUGUGUGUGUGACCGGUAGGGUUUCUAUGCCAAAUGUAUGAAUAUAUGCGCGCUUGUGCUGUGCGUGUACUACAUGCGUAGGUUCGCGAACUUGAAAGACUCUGUUCUCGGCACGCCAUUCUAUCGGGAAGAAGCGAACGGCAAAAGAUGAGAAGGAAGAGCACUGCCUUGUGAAACGUGUGACCGCCGCGACAGACACCUCACGCCCGGAUUCUGAUUCGCGCAGAGUCUAGUCAGAACGGUUCUCUCUGUUAUCAGCCACCCGAUAUCGAAAAAACGACAACGCACCUCCGAUCUUGUUUUCUUUUUUUUUUUUUAUAUUCCUCUUUUCUUAUUUAUUUAUUGUUUGUACGAUUUAUACACGCGACUCGCCGCUCCCUCCGAGUGCCUGAACGCGUCGUCGGUGCCACGUGAUUCGUGGAUGUCGAAACUGAUUGGCUAAAUGAGACACUUCCGAACGUGAAACGUUGACAGAACUUUCGAAUCACUUUAUGUUGAAUCCAUUUGUACUACACUAUGUGAAGAGCGCACACAGCUGCACAAUCACUAAUAGCGAAUUCGGUAGCUUGCACUAGUGUGCAUUGAGUGCGCGCUAAGGCUUGUUAACAUGUACAUUCUUAUAUCUAAAAUCGUGUCUUAAAUACAUAUUGAAAAACAUUUUAGCUAAUAAAAUGAUUCGUACGGAUGUUGUACGUAUCAUAUUACUGGUUAAAAAUAUUUUAGAAUUUAUUUAAGACAAUCUUUAAAUAUAAUAACAAAUGAACAAAUCUUAGUGCACACUUUCAGUGCAAGCAACCAAAUUCGCUAUAAGAUACAACCUGAUUUUAUCGUUAACUUCUGGGCCGUUGAAGUUGGUGUACGCAAGACCUCACCGCGCCCUUUCGCGCAUUGUUCCCCCGGCUUUCGAUGACUAUUGUCUCGCGUGAAACAAUCGCAGGCCGACGAGUCACGCAACGGAGCGGCGACGAGCGCGUCCGCGUCACCCACGCUCUCUUCUCCCGUUUCUUUCUCGCGUGCGGAAUCCAAGCCGACGUGGUGUUCGGCCGCGCGACGCGACGCGAGCCAUCUAAUUUAUUCUUUAGCCAAGCGACCGGACAUGACAGUUUCUUCUUUUUUGCUUUAUGUUCCGUUAUCAUGUAAACGUUAAGCCUACAGAGCCACCGCGUCGUAAAACAUUCGAAACUAUACAGAAUCUCAUAGGAGAAAGAGGAACGUGUAGACUCGUAGAAGCAGAACUCCUCGGCGCGUCUCAGGACGCGCUGGCGAACGCGCACACCCCCGGACCUUCAGUCCACGACGCUACUUGUAAAACGCCGUUGUUUGUAAACCAGUAAUAAGCAAUGCUAAAUGCGAGCGCGACGUUGGUAUAUUUCGGCAGGUCGUCUCAGUUCCUCGAUAUCGGAGAGACGCGUCGACACGAACUCGUCGUCGUCACUUAAAGAGUAACGGCCAGAUCCUGGCCGACCCGAUUGUGGCGAUUGUGAAUGCGUCGAGCGGUCGAAAACGUCGGUGCGAGCGGUUGCCCCGAGACAGUUGCGGUUCGCGAAACCUACACACGCGUUUAUGAUAUUCCUUUUUCACAACCGUGCGAGACAACGAGUCUGUUGUACGCACGCACAUACGUAAGCUGCGCGACAUCGUUUCCUUUCUGUUUUCUUUUUUGUAUGUUUUUUUUCCCGCAGUUUCACGCAGUUUCGUCCUGUAUGAAUGCGAAACUGCGGCGUAUUUUCGACAUUAGAAAUUACAUUAGAUAUAAUUUUGUAUCUAUCAUACUUGUGUUCUCAAUAUGUUAUGUAUUAUGGAGACUACCGAUUAGUCUCUAUUAGCACGCGCGACUUUUGAUAAAAAUAUACUAUUUCCACGUCCCCAAUUUCCCACACAAGAUCGUUGAUUUAUUCGUGCGAGAAGAAGGUUGUUGUCCUUCGUGAUCGCGGGGCGUCGCUUUGUCUUUUUUUUUUUUCGAUCUUUCUGUUCCGAGCGCCGGCGUUCUCGAUCGCCCAGCCUUUUCUCGAUGACAUUCGAUAACAACUGCUUCCUGAUCGAGUAGAUCGGUAACACUAACACAGUACACAGUAAGUAACAAAAAAGGAAGAGAAAAAAAGAGAGAAAGUAAAAAAAGAUACUCUAUUUGGGGGAGUAAACGCGACAGAAGAAAUGGUACGCACACUGAGUUGAGUGAGUGAUAUCGCUGUUAUAAAAAUUACUAGUUAAGCGAAGAUUUAUCGUAUAUUAUACGUAAGGAGAUAAAAUGUUGCGCUAAGUACCGUAAGAAUGGGACAUGCGAAUGCGAAUUGAAAAAGCGUCUGAGCAGUGGAAGGAGAGCAUUGUAGAAAGAUUGGCACACGCACGUAGGAGGAGGCGGACUUUGGACGUUGGGGAGUACGAAGGAGUCGUGUGAAAUAGCCAAAUAUGACAAAGAUGUUUUAGAGUGUACGGCAAGUAGUUUGGCCGUCGUUACGUUUUAAUCGCAUCUUCAGCUAGGAUUAGGCUAAGUUUAGGAGACUCGAGGACGCUCAAGGCGGCGACGAUUCUUUCUUUACCAUUUUCUUUGCCCUCGUUUAUCCUUGCCUCUUCUUUUCUCUCUCGCGAGCGUCUUGUACGUGUACAUAGAUCGUCGGCUAGUUGUCGAGCACAAAGAAAACGUGGAGAAGCGCGCCGAGAAACGCGGCCGAGACUCGCACUCUUAGGAAAAAAAAAGAACUAAUGAAUAAGCAAGCGCAAACAGAACAAAAGAAAAAACCACUACACUCAGACAUACUCAUAAUUCUCGUAACGUUAAAUUAAUUGAAUGUAGAUUAAUUAAUAAUGGGGGAAGGGAGAGAGGAAAAAGAAUUCCAUAGAAGGAAACGCGCGGUCGCGCAUCGUGCGAGAGACACGCGAAGCGCCGCGAGGAUUCUGUCGAACGAGAACGAGACUUAUCUCACGUAAAUAUUUCACAGACAACAGAUCAUUUUUGAAUAAAAAGAGAGAAAGAGAACGAUGUAUCGUUCGCGCAAACAAACGAAAUCUUUUUCCGUUCUUUCGACGACAGAUCGUUGCACUCAUUUCGACUGUUUCUCGAAGAUGCAUAUCCUUCCGCGACGAAAGAUAACACAAAGAGAGUUUAUCAGAGAGAGAGAGAGAGAAGAGAAAAACCGAGAAUGUUACGUUCAGAAAUAGAGAUUUUCGCAGCUGUACCUUCCGCGGCGGCAGAGGCACGCGCGCGACGAAACGCACGAGAGACUCUGCGAGAUUUAUCCUUGUAUAUUAUACCCUGUAAUUACAAUUUAUACUUACUCGUAAUCGAUACCUUUACCGGUAGGCUAUUAUUACUACUAGUGGCUAGCGUAAGAGAGUCAAGCUCAAAUUUUAGCGAGACGACGGCGAACAGUCGCGCAGAAAGCCGUGACCUUCCGCGGCCUCGUCGCGUCUCACCUUUUGUCACAAGUGCACAACUUCCUUCGAUUUUUCUCCUUCUUUAUUACGCGUAACUUGUUGCGACAGGCCUAUCGUACAAGAUGUUUAUAGAAACUAGAGGCUAGAGCAGCUCUCUCUGUCCCUCUUAAUGUCUCGUCGGUUUCUUUGUACUUUUCCCCUUUCGUUCCCUUCUUUCUCAACAUCAAAAGAAUAUCGCGUCGAUAAAAUAUGGGCUUCGCUCCGAAGUGACUGUUGAGUUCUCUGAUUUGCGACGUACGAAAAAAAAAAUGGAAGAAGAAAUGAUAAUAAUUCACGAGCCUCGCUCGGAUGAUCCUUUCGGCCGUAAUUAAUUGAUUGUCCCCACGGAAAAGGAAAACCGCGACAUAUCUGGAUUUCGAGUUUCCAAGUUCCCACACCACAUUCACGUAUCUCUGUAUCCCCAAACUGUCACUUCGGUCUUCAGCCUUCGCGUGACUUCCCACCUGAAUCGAGGAGCUUAUCCUCGGGACCGUCUCGAGUCUCCAAUUUUUAAGGAUGCGGAUUCAAGACGGUUCCGGUGUGGAAGGACGAGCUGCUCGAUUCGGCGAGCCGGCGGAAUGCACGCGACGCGGCAGAGCCCGAACUCCUCCUAACCACCGACAAGUUAAUUUUACUUUUACGAUGACGAAAUCCGGAGCAUAGUGGGAUCGCGCAGUGUAACAUAACUCAAUGAUACGCACCGUACGUUAUACGUAUAAUUAUUAUAUUAUUAAUUAAUUAAUUAAUUAUUAAUGAUAAAUACCGUAAAGGGAUUUUUAAAUGAAUCUAGAUGAUUACAUGACUACGUAAUAACACAUCUUAAGAGCAACAUAUCCUAGUGUAUUUGAGGCACGACGCUGUCGAAACGCGAAGAUUUCUCGAAGAUUCUGAGUGAUCUCCGCGCGAUCGUCUGGGACGGAGGAGAAAGAGAGAGGGCGAGAGAGGAAGAACGCGCGACUCCGCGAUCGACGCACCGACGCGAGAGAAUACUUGUCGCUGUUGUCGACAUUCGGCGGCGCCGUGCCUGCUCUUUUCGAAUUAUUGCAAGAAAAUAAAUGAGGGAUGUUCCAUGACAUUAGGGCGUUAUUAUUAAUGAUAUUUCUAGCGACGCGUGCGUGUGUAAAAUUUUAUGUGUCUGUACUGUUUCCGUAUGUAUGUGUAUGUAUGUGUGCAUACGUGCGUGCGUGUGCGUGCGUGACGUGACACAGCGUGUGCAUAUGCGUGGGGUGUGGCUACGUGUUGUUAGCUGUGUGCAUGUGUGCGUGCGUGCGUGAUGCGUGCGUGGCGGAUGUGCGAGAAACUCGUACCCCUCUCUUUGGAUCGAUGAAAUAAAAAAAAAAAAAGAAUCAAGAGCACACUGUCUAAUUAUCGUUAAGGUAGCACGAAGACAAAAAAUGACAAAAAAUGAAACAAAAACCCAGCAAUUGUUCGAGGCGCGAACAAUUGAGGAAACGCUAGUUGAAAACGAAAAAAAAAAUAAAACGCUAAUCGCCACCUGUUUUUCCGCUUCUCUCGCAAAACGAAGUCUAAAGCAACGGAAUCCGCGAAGGGAAACGCCGUUAUACACGCGACGCGCGUCCCUUUACGGAUCUCCUUAUGCGCGCGUAAGAGCGACUUAUGCCACCGAGAGUUUGACACCGCGAGUUCGCAAGAAAUCCACGAAAAAUCCGUGAAAUGGCAACAAAACAGAAAAAAGGGUGAAAAAAAGUAAAUAGAGAAUAUAAUAAGAGAACAGGAAUAUAAAUGAUCAACUCGAACUUUAUUUGCGGAAUAUUGAUAGGAAUAUAAGGUGUGACUCAUGUGUGACACCUUUAUCAUUGUCUGAUUUGAUGAUAUUUUGUAAGUCUGGACCAGUUGUUAGGUUCUUAUUAAUCCCAUAGCGACUUCUUAUGGCGUAUUUUCUCUGUAUAUUGUCAAUGUUUAUUAUUAAAUAUUUUUCAAAUAAA